CGUGUUCGCGCGUCUCCUUUAAUGGACCUGUUAAAGAGCUCAAGCACACCUUCAUCCACUGACAUCUGACCGGAUCGCAUCUUACGAGCAGCUCCUUCCACUUGAUGUGUCUGCGUAACAAGAGAUAUAGAAAUACGAUAUCAGAAACACUCCUGGAAUUUAAACAUCUUGGAAAAUGAUUGAAAAUCAAGAGUCAGAAAGAAAGACGACGGCAGGUCAUAGGAUUUCCUUUUCGAUCAUUGACAUACUGGAUCCUAAAAAGUUUACAAGUAGAAAGACAAACGAAGUGCUGGCGAAAACAAGGACGUUACCGCUAGAAAACACAGAAUGUGGAAGUUUGGAUACGCAGCGCGAGAGCAAAGAAACUCCUGGACCCGAAGAAUCUCUUUCCCUCUACAAAUGCACAGGUGAUCAUACAGCUGAAAAGCAUCAAAGAUGUGUCAGACUACAUCCUCCAGAUCCAGCCACUGAAUCCGUGACCACUCUCAGAAGUAUAAAAUCGGGAUUUUCUUCUGGUGAAGAGUUUGGUGAGGCAGGCGAGGACAAAGUCAAUCCAGCAUCGGAUGAUCUGGCACGCCAGCGACGGCGUAGGUCCGAUCACAGCUGCGCGAAGCCGCGGCGCGCCAGAACCGCGUUCACGUACGAACAGCUGGUGGCUCUUGAGAACAAGUUCCGCGUUACGCGUUAUUUAUCCGUGUGUGAAAGACUGAACCUCGCACUAUCUUUGAGCCUAACCGAAACACAAGUCAAGAUUUGGUUUCAGAACCGAAGAACCAAGUGGAAAAAGCAGAACCCGGGUGCUGAUGGUUCACUGCAACCCGGGACAAACUCUCUGCAUAGCAUCAGCCCAACCUGUGGAUCCACAUCUGCUCUCCACCCUCCAUACAGCACCGGGAACGUUUUCUUUCAUUCAGCCGUGCCACUGACGUCCUCCGGUGCUCUCUUGCAUCCGUUUUUGCCCGAUAGCUUUUUGCAGCCAGCUUUUUUCCCUCCACAUUUAUGAAGUCUUGAAUUAAGUAACGAUGCUGUAAAUGUGCAUUUUUGAAGUGAACUGUAUACGCAUUUAAUAAUCGUCUUUGUUUGUCAAUUUUAUGAUUCCUUCUUUCAUAUAAUUUAAUUUAAUUUAUUGUUUUUUUUCCUGGCUGAAUCUAGCCCAUGCUAUUUUUCAUUGAUAAACGAACAGAAUAGUUUAGAGAAAUUAAAUCCUGGACAGAAAUGAUCAGUUUGAAAGAUAUCGUCACAGAAUGAAUAUUAGAAUAAAAACUCAGUUCAUAUCUUUAUCUUACAUUUUUCUUUUACAUAAGAAUAUAUAUAUAUAUAUAUAUACUGUACAUUAUAUGUGCCAGCAAUAUGGCUACUGCUAAACAUCUUCAAAUUCUUAAAAAAAUACAAUGAAACAAAUUGGUGUGUAUUUCAGUUUAAGGACAUUUUAAGGUCACCUUCAAAACCACAAAACUGGAAAUAAUAAAACCACACUGAAAGCAAUUUCUAUUUUUUACAUCAUGCAAGUAUUUCUUUCAGCUCCAGCAAUACAUAAACAACAUGGAAAUUUCCUUAAAUACAGAGUAGUUAUAUUAUUAAAAAUAUCUUCAAAGCAUUUUUUCUUUCACCCGUUGUCAGUGAAGAAUUGUAAACAUUUUAAACAGAUACAAACAAUUGUAAGAUUUUUGUAAUUUUAUGCAGCAUUUUGUGGGUAAAACCAUCCUGUGUAAUUUUCCGUAUCAUUUGUAAUUUUCACAUUAAACGUUUUACUCUCUA